CUUCGGCUAGGGCAUCCAAAGCGGAUUCACGGUGCGUGUCUUCAUCAUCCUGGUUGCGGCCGUUGAAACUAAAAAGCCCACUUCGUCUAGGGCAUCCAAAGCGAAAUCACAGAUUUUGUCUUCAUCCUUCUCGUUGCGGCCGCUGCUCCGUCCCGUCCAAGAUGAAGUUCAACAUAGCAAAUCCGACCACCGGGUGCCAGAAAAAGCUCGAAAUUGACGAUGACCAGAAACUCCGAGCUUUCUUUGACAAGAGAAUCUCUCAAGAGGUCAGCGGAGAUGCUCUGGGAGAGGAGUUCAAGGGCUAUGUAUUUAAGAUAAUGGGAGGUUGUGACAAGCAAGGUUUUCCAAUGAAGCAGGGAGUUUUGACUCCAGGCCGUGUUCGGCUUUUGCUUCACCGAGGCACCCCUUGCUUCAGGGGAUAUGGCAGGAGAAAUGGGGAGCGCAGGAGGAAGUCCGUUCGUGGAUGCAUUGUCAGCCCUGAUCUGUCAGUCCUGAACUUGGUUAUUGUGAAGAAGGGUGAGAAUGAUUUGCCUGGACUGACUGAUGUUGAGAAGCCAAGAAUGAGAGGUCCAAAAAGGGCAUCCAAGAUUCGGAAGCUCUUUAAUCUUUCCAAGGAGGAUGAUGUUAGGAAGUACGUCAACACAUACCGCCGAACUUUCACAACCAAAUCCGGGAAGAAAGUCAGUAAAGCUCCGAAAAUACAGAGGCUGGUUACUCCCUUGACCCUUCAAAGGAAGCGAGCGAGGAUUGCUGAGAAGAAGAAGAGAGUUGCGAAGGCCAAGGAUGAGGCAGCGGAGUAUCAGAGACUUCUUGCUACCCGGUUGAAGGAGCAGCGUGAGCGCAGGAGUGAGAGUAUGGCAAAGAGGAGGUCCAAACUCUCUGCCGCCUCUAAGCCAUCAGUGGCUGCCUAGGGAUAUAGUUCCCACUUUCUGGAGGCAAGACGGUAUUGCUCAUUUAUAUUUGUUGCCCAGUAAUUUUGCUAUCAUUUAGAUAUUGGGAUGGGACCAUGGAACAAUUUUUUAAGUCUUGCUGCAAUUCUACUUAAUAUGCAUUUUGGUGUUUAUCCCAAGUGUGUAUGGUCAUACCUUUUUCCCAGUUUUGCUUAUGAAAUCUUAUAUAUUAGGCUGGUUCAGUGAUAAACCUCUUUUAGGUAGUUAUGGCAUUUUUAGCACUGCUUGGAUUUUUCUUAUCGUACGAAUAAUCAAAACAGCUAGUUGUGGAGUUGAUACUUA